AUGCAGCUAAACCCGAAAAAGAAGAACUCUGCGCUCCAAGAUAACAUUCUUGGAAGUUUGAGACUGCCGAGUGCUCCGGUGCGCGAACCGGUUCGCCGGUGGUUCCAAUGGGAGAAGCCUCCGUUAGGUUAUUAUAAGCUGAAUGUGAACGGGUGGUAUAUGGAGGGAGAAAUAGGAAAUGGGAUUUGGAGUUCAUGGGUUGUUCCCCUUGAGAAACAGGUCGAAGAAGCUUGCAAGAAAGUUAAGGCAAUGAAGGAACUGAAAAAGGGAUACAACAUUGUUGGUCUUUCACAGGGGACUCUGAUUGGUCGAGGAAUUGUGGAGUUUUGUGAAGGAGCACCACCGACAAACAUUUCAGCCGUCCGUGCUAUAGCUAAUAACAUACUAAGAGCUGGAGUGUAUUCUGAAUAUGCCCAAAAUCAGUUUGCUCCAAGUGGCUAUACCAAGAUACCAGAGCUUCUUCAACUAUGA